AGGCUGGCGCCCCCGCCCCCCGCCCCGCGCCUCUGUCGGCCGUCCGCCCGGCGCCUUCUCCGCUCUUCUUGCCUUUGCUCCCCGGCCCUCCGGCCGCUUUCCCUCCUUCCCCUCGGUCCCGCCCCGUCCAACCCGGGCUGCCCGGCUCCCGCAGGCCCCCCCGCCGCCCGCGUUCCUAUGGACAGACGCACAGACACCUGCAGGAAAGACACUGCUGAUCCUGUAACAUGGAGGAUUGCCUUCAUACUUCAUCUGAGAAUCUGUCCAAAUUGGUCAGCUGGGCCCACAGCCAUGGGACCAUUUGCAGCCUUAUUCCAAACCUGAAACACUUGCUUUCGGAAGGUUCCCAUGGGAACCUCACAGCAAUGUGGGGCUGUAGUGCUGGCCAUGCUUAUCACUGGCCGCUGACAGCUACUUGCAGAGCUGGGUCCCAAGAAAGGGUCUGUUUCCAGGAUAACAGAAGUUUUAAUUCUGAUAGUCCCAGUAUAAUUGGAGUACCCUCUGAGACACAAACUAGCCCUGUUGAAAGGUACCCUGGGAGACCAGUGAAAGCGAAACUAGACUGUAAUCGGACGAGAGACUCUUGUGACUUCUCUUAUUGCAGUGAGCCCUCUGAACUGGAUGAAGCUGUUGAAGAAUAUGAAGAUGAAAACACCCUGUUCGACAUGGUUUGUGAGUCCUCUGUUACAGACGAGGAUAGUGACUUUGAACCCCAAACCCAAAGGCCUCAAAGCAUUGCUCGAAAAAGGCCUGGAAUAGUUCCAUCUUCUCUCCAUUCCAGCUCCCAGGCUCAAAUGGUUGAUGAAUGCAGCAAUGAUGUCAUCAUUAAGAAAAUCAAACAAGAGAUUCCUGAAGAUUAUUACAUUGUGGCGAAUGCAGAGCUGACCGGAGGGGUAGAUGGACCAGCCCUGUCAUUGACACAGAUGGCAAAACCCAAGCCUCAGACUCAUGCUGGUCCCUCCUGCAUAGGGUCUGCUAAGCUGAUUCCCCAUGUGACAUCUGCCAUUGGCACAGAGCUAGACCCACACGGUGUGUCUGCAUCCCCCUCUGUCAUGUCCAGACCAAUCGUCCAGAAGACUGCCAGGGUAUCUCUGGCUUCACCAAACAGAGGACCCCCUGGUGCCCAUGGCACCAACCAGCAGGUAGCCAUGCAGAUGCCUGUGAGCACAUCCCAUCCUAACAAACAGAUCAGCAUCCCUUUGUCUGCCCUGCAACUGCCUGGACAGGAUGACCAAGUUGCUUCUGAAGAGUUCCUGCCCCAUCUGCCCAGCCAGGUCUCCUCCUGUGAGGUAGCUCUUUCUCCCUCAGUUAACACAGAGCCAGAAGUGAGCUCCAGUCAACAGCAGCCCCCAGUCGCUCCAACCAUAACCACUGAGGCCACAGCACAGUGCAUACCAGCCUAUUCUACUAAGCUCAACAAAUUUCCUGUAUUUAAUAUUAAUGAUGACUUGAAUGAUCUGUGUACCAGUGCAGUAAGCCCAAACACUACCAAAGCCACACGAUAUGCCCUGAAUGUCUGGCGGUAUUGGUGUGUGACCAACGGGCUCAAAGAUCACACGGACAUCACCAAGAUCCCUGCAGCGAAGUUGAACGAGCUGCUUGAGAAUUUUUAUGUCACCGUUAAGAAGAGUGACGGCUCCGACUUCCUGGCCACCUCGCUGCACGCCAUUCGCCGGGGCCUGGACCGCAUCCUGAAGAAUGCCGGCGUGGGCUUUUCCAUCACCAGCAGCACGUUCAGUUCUUCCACCAAGAAGCUCAAGGAGAAGCUGUGGGUGCUGAGCAAGGCAGGGAUGUCAGGUGCUCGCUCUCGCAAUAUCGUCUACUUCUCUCUGUCCGAUGAGGAGGAGAUGUGGCAGGCAGGGUGUCUAGGCGAUGACAGCCCUAUUCUCCUGUCCACUGUGGUCAAGUACAACAGCCAGUACCUGAAUAUGCGGACACUGCAGGAACAUGCAGAUCUGAUGUACGGGGACAUCGAGCUGCUCAAAGACCCACAAAACCAGCCCUAUUUUGCCCGGACAGACAGCGUCAAGCGGGAGAGCCGGAGCGGUUCCACAAGAGUGUGUCACGGGAAGAUCUACCACGAGCACUCCAGGGGACACAAACAGUGCCCUUACUGCCUCCUCUAUAAGUACAUGUACAUCCACCGGCCUCCCACCCAAAUGGAGGCCAAGUCCCCUUUCUACCUUACGGCCAGGAAGGAGGCCACAGACAUGGGCAGCGUGUGGUACGAGGAGCAGAGGAUGGGCCUGCGGUCUCUUCGGGGGAUUGUCCCAAACUUAGCCAAGAAGGUCAAGCUGGAAAACUGUGAGAACUUCACCUUUGUCUCGUUUACUCAGGUCUCCAGGAGGCUUGGCUCCCACAGUUGCUGUCAGUGAGUCUUCCCUGGGUCCAGGCCACUGCCCUGCUUACCCCGAGGGGCAAGAGCUCCCUCAGGCCACCGAGGCCAGAGCUCUGGGGUGGCAGGGAAUGACCGCGACUUCAAGGUCGGGCUGGUCUGUCAGGGUCACCUGCUAUUUCUUUGACUUUGGGUUUGUUUUUUUAACUGAAAGUAGAUGAGUCUGAAUAAUUAGGGUAUUUUAUCCAAAUGUGUGUCACCUUUGUUAAGUUACAGGAUCUAACACCAUGUAUAAUUGUUACCUAAACAAGAGCGAGGAAAUUCGUUUUAUCUAGUGCCUUUUUAGCACAGAUUUUCUUAAAAAAAAAAGAAAAAAGGAAGAAAAAAGGAGACUGUUUAAGUAGUCAUCAAAAAACACAAAAACAAAAAAAACGCCCAGUAGCCUAGUAGCUUUAGAAUGUUAUGAAGACUAUAUGUACUUGGUUGAAUUACACUCACAAUAAGGACCUGGAAGGAGAGAGGCAGACAUGGUAACUAUUUGCAGAAGGAAAAGUGCACUUGACACUCCUCUCUCUGUUUUGUUGAUGGAUAGCUUGCUUCUGCAGAGCAAGCAGCUUUGCCUAAUAGAAGCUGGUGGGGCUGCGCUCAGUAGUGCUGAUAGAGGUGUGGGGGUCGCCCCCACUGCUCGCAGCCCGGGGAGCAGCUUGACCCCUGCGUCAACGGGGGCAAUUUUAGUUUUACGAGAAAAGAUGAAUGCACCGGACGAUGUUGGGGAGAGCAAGGUUUCCAGUGAACUAGGUGGUUGGUACCAUGCGGGAAUUUUCCAGUAGUGAAAAAGAAGUGGCUUGGGAAAAGCGAUCUGUGAUCAAAAUAUGAAAACCUCCUAAAGCAGAAGUGCCUACGUGUUAUUCCUCAGCACCACGUGAAAGCUGUUUUCAUUUGAACCUUUUUUGGAAUUUUUAAAAUCUGUCCUUCUGUGUCAUACGGUUGUCCCGUCAGCAUCUAGCACCAGAUCUGUAAAACGACCACAGGUAAUUUUCAGGCUUCACCAGGGAACUCCAACAAACACGCUGCACAGAAAACACAUCCCCAGAUGUGUUUAUGAAAGUACUUUGGAAUAUGUUUAUCAAAGUAGGACUUUUUUCAGCCACGAUAGAUGUCAUCAUUUUAGGUUGGCACCGGCACGUGGGACAUGAUGAUGGAGGCGGCCUGCCAGGUAAGCAGACUCAGCAUUAAGGACCUACGUGUAAAGAUGAUAGGUUAUUGAUUGCACCCAGGUAAACUGCAAACUGACCACAUGUUAUUGAAACAUGAGCAGAAUUUUCUGAUAACUACUCUGAAUAAGUGAAAAAGGAGCCCAAAGAGUGCUAAUCAAUAAUAACAUUAAUUUCCAGGAAUCUUUACAUCGUAUUUGAGGAAAGACUGCUACAAGAUUAUGUUCCUGCGUGUGCUUUCUAACCCAAAUUAAAAUUCCAGCAUAAGUUCCUGUUGCAAGAGUCCUAAAAUCAGCCCUAGUUCUUUUUCAAAACAUUACUGUAGUAUUUAUUUUAACUAAUUGUUCUUAAAAAUCAUUCACCAGUUGUUGAAAUAUGUAAUACUUCCUUUACCAGAAAAGACUCAGCCAAUGCUGCCUUAAGGUUUAAUGUUGUUCCCUUUUUAGUUAAACUGCACAUUUAAAAUUUUGUUUACUAGUUGAUCUUUCCUGAGUAUGGGUUAAUUUUGGUAUGUCUCCAUGUGUAUAUAAAUAACAGGUAAUAUUUAAUAAUCAGUGUUGUUAUGACUUGAUAUUGCAUACCAUUCUGUCGUGAUUUCCUAUAGUGGUUUUAGAGUUUUGCUUAAAAAAGAGACACAAACAUUAGAUAUAGUUUUCUUCAGUUUGCUAAACACCCAAAGGAUAUUUUGUUUGUGGAAAGCAGAUGGUGAUUUUUCCUGUCAGUUCUGCACUGAAACAAAAAUAUAACCCAUGAGAACUAUUGGGCAGACAGAGCCUGCAGCCUAAUUAAAUAAAACCUCCAUUUUUAUUUUAAAUAGAUUCAAGAGGAAAUCACCAUUAGGAAUCACUGGGAUCUUUUCAGAUUUCACCAUUCCCAUAGGUAGCAAUAACUGACCCAGAGGCGGCCAUCCUUCUGCUGGUAGGGGCUUUUCCUCAGCGGAGUCACCACCCCUGCCUCACAUUUGUUGCUUAUCACUAUUUGAGGUGCUGUAAAUCCCCAGAGUUCUGAAGUGAGUGAUUAUAAUAAAAAAUCAGGAGGUGGAAUCUUCAGUGAUAUCUGAUGGAAUGAAAGAAUUGCAUCUCAGCCUCAUAAACGCCAUGCAUUCCAUGCCUCCCUUGGGGAGCGGGAGUGAGAAAGAGAACGCACUUAUCAGGAGCUACUCUGCACCACCCGUUGAACGAGGUACUUUGUUAUGUGUGUGUGUUAGAUGUGUGUGUGUAUACAACACACGCUUUAAAUUUGUAUGGGGUGACGCCUGGUAAACCUGCUAACGCGACGAAGCCCCUCUUCAUUGAUGUGGCCAUGUCCGUCCUCAGAGGAUCUGAGGCGGGGUCAGCGGGGCUAGUUCCAGUGGGCAUUCGGCCCUUCCAGCCACCCUCACUCGUGCCCACGGGGGACUCCAUGAUUUUCUACUCUUGCCUAAGCCAGGAGAAAGGAGAAUCCCAAGAGAAGGAAGAGGGCGGGGAAGAUAAAGGGCAUUUUCUCCACUUACCUUGAUUUAUUUAUUUAUUUUACUCCAAAGUGGGAACGAAUAUCGGGCACUCACAAGCUCGCCGACGGGCAAGUUGCCUCUGGCUCCGCCCCGGGAACAGGGGAGCUGCGGGUCUCAGGGAGGACCUGUGGAGAGCUCCGGGCGAGCUCUUGCCCACAGACCUCCCGCCUCUGCUCUCACAUGAGCCCUGCUUGCUGGGCACCUCCUCUCCACAGUCUAGCAGGUCUCCCCUUGGACCUGUAUCCCGGCAGAGGCGAUGGGGGUCCGCAGGGAAGGGUGUGAUCCCAUUAAACGUGAAAGGUUAACACAGCCCUAGGUGCAUAGUAAGCAUGCAAUCUAUGUUAGCAACUUUAGCUACAACUUUUGUUAACAGUAAUAAUUAAUAUUAUUCAGCUAAUCUGCAUUGCAUCAGUUAUUUCUUCCAUUGUGGUGAUUCUCCCUCCUCUAAACUGUUAAACUUGAAGAGGAAACCAAACCUGAUAAUCUGGUCACAUGUCCGCCCAUAAAUUCUACCUCCAACACAGCCAAGCCCUGAUACCUCAGCUGUAAGCAGGAACACGUGAAGAAUGGAGAUGCCUUAAGAGGCUUUAUGAGAAAGCUCUUGCAUUGUUCAGUGUGUUUGCAAAGGGGAGUAUUAUGGAAGAACCGAACCAAAGUUGUGAAAGAAAUGGUCUCCUUGGUUGUGUGGCAUUUUCCAGCUCUCCUUGGAUUAUGUGCUGUAUUAAUCUUGCCCUGACUGGAAAAUGGUGUUUGAAGAAAUGUGAAACUCUAUUACUUUGAUUUUUAUUUCAAUUCGACCUUAUUAAAAGGAUCAAGCACUGGAUCUCAGUAUGUUCACAGACAGUCAUUGGGAGAAUCUGGACAAAAUACCUUCAUGUGGAAGCUGAAGCCUCUUGCAGUGGUAGAAAGAGAACUUGACUGGCAGCUCCUUCCCUACUCACUCAGCGGUCCUGGUCUCACUUCCAUCAACGGUAGAGUGAGAUCAUUGGAACGGAUCGUCUCCAACGUGAACAGUAUUACAGCUCUCGAAGCCCAUAUAGUUAGGAAGUGGCGAAACUUGGAAGCAAGAUUCCUAAUUCCUCAAGGUCACAUAGUUAAUCUAAGUUUUAAGAGCUUCUUACUUACUAUACUGGAACACUUUCUUUUGAAAGAAUAGUUUUCUUGAAUUUUCAGGUUUUGCAACUUUUUAAAAUUAUUUUUUGCUAUCUCUAGGCAGCAACAUGUUGUUUACUUUUCUCAGUCUAGGCUAAUGCUGACCACAGUUUAAUUACUUACAGUAAACAGCUUAUCAACAUGCAUCACUUUGUCGUUUUUACUGAAAUCUGGAUUGCUAAACCUUUUUGAGCUAGUAACCAGUUACCUUGAGGCUUCGAUAAACGCAAACAACAAAGACCUCACAGUUAUCUCAUUUUCUCUACAUGAGAUCCAAUUUUGUCUAAGUUAGGGCCCAUGCACAUUUAGAAACGGUUAACAGUCCUAAGCAGAAGAAUAUUUUAAAAGUUUCAAAUUCACAUAUAUCUUUAAAUAUUUUUGCUUUGGGGUUGAAUUUUUAAUGCUCUGUAUUAAAAGAAAAACAUUCAGUGGUUUAGUCAGUGUUCUUAAAAAUCUUUGUUGUUUUAUCCCCAUGUGAAUUAAUCACCUUAGCAGAAACAUGAAUGGAGGGAGAGAUUGGUGGUGACCUAAGGACACGCUCCCUUCCUGAGAAAAGAGGAGGCCAUGUGGGGUGAUGAACUUAUCUUUGGGAAUUACUAUGUAUUCCGCGUCCAUGAAUUCUAGUAUCACAGGAUUUCCCAAAACUCCUUUAAGGGAGGCCGCCCAUCCUUCUAGCAAAGUUUGCCUAAUAUGAUGAUGAUUUUAUGUACUUCUAGUUCUUCACAGUUCAGGAAAUCCAGAGACUUUUCUCAUGUUUUUUAGUUGACCAGAAUCAGAUUUCUAUGCUCAGUUAAAAUGCUUUAUUAAUCUAAUGCAGCCGAUAUGGAAGUUAAUUUCAGGAAAUAUUCAUUAAAACCAAAAAAAGAUCACUGAGUUAUUUUGGAUGCAUAUUGCUUCCAUUACUAUUAAAACCAAUUAGAUAGUUCCCUCCCCCACAAUGAGAUGAGAAUGAGCUCCUAAUAUUUUAUGGUCAAUAUAAUUGAUUUGAUUAAUUUGCAUUUAACUGUAGUUACUGUUACAGUUCAAAAAACUUUCUAGAAGGUUCACAUUUGACUAACACCAUGGUAAGUGCUUUCUCACAGCUGCCUUGUAUUCUCAUCUAAUCUCACAACAGCUCUGCAAGGUGGGUCUAAGUAUUCCCAUGUUACUUAUUGAGAAACCCAAGGCUCAGAGAAGUUAAGUAAAUUUCUCAAAGUCUCAACGAGCUUAUAAGUGGGAAAACUUAAGUUUGAACCCAGGUUUUCUGACUCCAAAUCCAGUGCUCGAUCCAUGAGACAAAACUGCCUUCUUUGGGGCCACAGAGGGUCCAUUUAUCACAGAACUUUUAAAAAAUUAAACACAAUUUCUGUUUGGGAAAUACUUCAUUUCUCAAGUCGUACAGUGGCACACCUCAUAUGUACUCUCUUACUAAUUGAUUGGUCUCUUGGUAUGUCAGUAGUUCCUGGAAAACCUGAUGGUUUUCUGUGAACAUUCUGUGUAUUGAAAAUUUUCUGUCUUUAUCCAAUAAAUAACUUGUAUUACCUAUUAUCUACCCUAAAGGGCAGAUGGUCAUGCCAAUUUAUUCUAAUAAAAGUCAAGUAGUUUACUAACUGCACCUGUUUGGACACUGUUAUCAUUGCUUAAAAUGUAAAGGGCUUCCUAACCUAUGUCAAAAUUAUAUGCUCAUGUUUUUUACUUUUGCUUUUUAAUUUUGGUGUCAGAGGAUUUUUAUAAUCUUUAGGCUAAAGCACCCUCAUAGCAAAAUACUUACCUUAGUCAUUUGUUUUCUAUUCUUCUUUCCUUUAUCACGACAUGUUUAUUUUCUGCUUUGAGACUUCAAAAACAAUAGGUUAUACGCAACUCUGAAAUCAUGUAGUCAAAUUCCCUCAUUUUACCAAUAAGGAAGUCGAAGCCUAGAGAUAUCUAAGGGGCAAUCCAAGGUCAGCAAGACAGUAAGUAGAUUCAGGACUAGAACAUUAAUCCAGGACUCUUUCCUUCAUACCAUCGCUGGGAAAAUUUGGAUUUUUAAAAACGAAUUAUUGAAUUACAUCUCGCAGAAUGACAUGUGGCUAGCAGAAGCCCCCAUUGAACUCCUAACUUCCCAAAGAAACACUCAUAAAAACCCCCAAAGAAAGCCAUAUCUCCGUUCUAGAGUCUAGAAGGAAUUGGUACAAGUUAUGAGGCAUAUGGUGGUGGAUUGAGGCAAAAUCUUCCAGGUUUGGAAAUGGACAUGCUGAGAAAUAAAGAAUUUGAGAGAUGUUUAGUAACUCGUUUUCUUCCCCAGCCAUGACUGCCUGCUUACUCAGGAUCAGAUCUCCCGAGCCAGAGAAAUAACUGACUGAUCCUGCCUCUCUACCAGGUGGCAGACCAUGAAGAUUCUCUAUCCCACCCCCUCUGCCUUCUCCCUGCCCCACCUCCUCUUCAUUCAGCCCAAGACUCCAAACCACAGGGCUAACAUGUGAGCAAAAAGCAAGAAGAUCUCUCAGAGGCAUGGUGCAUUCUGUGAAAAAUGUCCUUUAGGUGAGGGCAGGUACAACUGCAAAUAUGCAAAUACUGUGAUUUUUCAUGUAUGAUACUGGUUCAGAGAUCCAGGAAACAAUAGGAAGGAAUAGGAAGGCACUUCAAUAGCAAAGCACUAAACUUGAAAUUGGACUUGGAAAUAUGCAUACUUCCUUAUCCACCGCGCCUAUACCCACAAAAGAAAGUUGACACUCACAUGGACAGAUAGCAAAACCAAGGGCAGACACUGGAUCUGGGAAGAGGCCCAGAUUUAAGGAUGAGUAUAGAGAAAAAACCCAAAAAGGGGUAUAUAAAAAAAUGACUGAACCAAGGAAAAUAAACAGCUUCCAAGAGCAUUUGAAAAUGAAAGCAGUCUACUGUGAGAUUUCUUGUGAGAAACAAGAAAAUGGUAGGAUUCUUCUUGUUGUAACUGAAGAACAGAAGAAUUGCUUCCACGCAGCAAUAGUUACCUCAGACCAGGAGUGGGUUUAGAGAAAAAGGUGCUACAAUAUAAUGAGAAAGAAGAGAGAUUAAAAAGAAGGAUUGCAAGGAAGCUAAAAGCACAGAUUACCAUCCACACUGGAAGCAGAAAAGAACAUGACUGAGCUUAGAAACACUCAAAUCAUUAAUGUGGAGGACAGAUUUGAGAUUUUCUUCCUCAUAUUCUUUCAAAAGAAAUACGUGAUGAAAACAAUGGGGAAAGAUAACAGAUUUGGAAGACAGAACAUUAGCUAACAUCCCUGAGUUUUGCUUUCUUGAUGGAAAAACUGUAUUGAAAAAUAUAUAUAUCAUCAGACUAUAAAAAUGAAAUCUUUCCUGAACGGAAUGAAAACCUGUGUAUGUAGGGUGAAAUUCACUGCAUUCCAGCCCCCCGCCAAGAAAAAGAGAAAAGAGACCGGUACCCAGGCACCUCCUGGCAAAAAUUUUAACUACUGAGGAUAGAGAAUGAAAAAUCCUGUUAGAAAGUAACAAGUUGCCUAUCAGAAAACAAAAGAGCUUUCUGGCUUCAACCUUCCACUCUAUAGCAACAAAUGCCAGGAAACAAUAGGGAAUUUGGGGGGGAAACAUUGUGGAAUUCUGGAAUUUGAUCCACGUUAAGAAACAAAAGAAUUUUUAGUUAUGACAAGCAUUCAGGAAAUAAACCAUCUAUGGAUUAUUCUAAUAAACUGUACUGUAACCUACAAAGUUUGGUUUAAAAAAGGGCAGUUUUUGCUUAAUAUAAUUUCAAGGGACCCUGGAGUACUAAACAUCAGACCAUUUACCCACGAGAAGGAUAUGCAUGCUCUUAAAUAGGUAAUAUGACAGGAAGCCACGUACCUAAAAGUGCCCAAAGGCCUCACCGAAUGGGCUUUCCUAACGCAAGAAAACAUACCUGAAAAUAAUUGCCAAAUCACAGUGUUGGGUUCCUUCAUUUUUAUUACUGAAGUGAUGUGUCGUCAUGAUCGUAUAAAUAGAAAAUUCAGAUACAUUCCUUACAAAUAAAAUUUAAAUGGCCCUUAGAUUCCUCUGCUCCUGCCCAAAAUACUCUUCUGAGAGAUUCCCUCGCUUCCAAGUGAGAAAAGGCAAGGAGUCUGAGAGCCUGGGCGGGAGCUUGCCGAGGCUAUCCCACAUGCUCGUCCCCUCUCCUCAAAUCCAGAACUAACAACAGGUGCCAAGUUAGAAAAUCACGGAAUCUAUCUCUGUGUUUUAAAAAGAGAACCAGGGAAAACAAACCUUGUUUUAGAAUAUAAGGAAAGUUCCGUUUCAACAGCAGGAAGCUGGCCUGGAGCUGUGACUGUGCUUUCCCUAGCUGGACUCAAAGAUUUAAAUUCAGAUAUUAAGGGAAGAGAAGCAGCUAAACCCCCCCCCCCAAUUAAUUACUUCUGGAGUCUCAUGUCAGCCUUAGAACUGAAUCUGGGUUGUUUGGGUUGGUUUUUCAUUUGCUUGCACUGGAAGGACUUGAAAAGACCCAGGAAUGUUGAGUAUCACUGGCCUUAAUGCUCAGUUCCUUCCUGGCCGUCUAAAGGUUUAUCGGUGCCCCCAAGUUUCCUGGCGAUUUAAACUCUAAAUUAAAUUUUCAACACAACCAGCGUGUUUGCUUUAAAUUUAGCAAUAGAAUGGUUAAUAGGUUGCUCUGCGUUUGCUUCCUCUUUCAUUCUGAAGCCCCGCAAACCUCUUCCAGAUGGAGAGAGUCUCUUCUGGAGAGGUUCCAAGUGUAGCCUUUUCCAGGGUCCCCUAUCACUUGGCUGUGACUGACAAAAGUCUGUUCACUAUAACGACUUAGAUGAGAAACGCAGUGCUUUUAUUUAAAAUUUUAAGUAUUUUCUAUGGGGCUCUACGUUCCAAAUGAUGGCAACAAAGCUGUGUCCUAAUGUGUUCACUGUUCUGGGUAUGUUGGUUUUUUGGGGGGUUUUUUGUUUUUGUUCUUGUUUUAGUGUAGAGGAGGAUAUCCGUCAUUUCUUAACACUGGAAACAUCAUUCUGAAUAAUAGAAGAAAUGGUCAGUAACUUGAACGAUUUUAAUGUACCAUUGUCAACUUCUUCUUUCUUCCCCCGCUGCUGCCUGCACACGGGAGCACACAUUUGGGAAAGCCCUGGUGGCAUCUGUCUUCUGUCAUAAAGUGUCAGAGGUGGAAGGGAUUUUCUUUUUCAUCUAGUCCAGCUCUCUAGUCGAUAGGCUAUUAGAGUCUGUUAACAAUUUGCAAGGUUCUGGGUUUUGUUUUUGUUUUUUUAAGUUGUUGUUGUUUGGUUUAUGUAUGUGCAGCUUGACUGUUUAACCCAGAUUUUUGAAAAUAAAAAAAUUAA